CCCCAGCUAUCCCCCAUAUUUAAAAAAAGAAAGAAAAUCCCUACAUUUUUUUCCACAAAAUCAAUCAAGCCCCCGAAAAAAGAACCCACUAAUGCAGUGUGUUGGUCCCAAGUCCCAACAGCUCAAAUGGCUUUCAAAUUCAGUCAGAGCAAUGGCAAUUUUGGGGUUUUUUGUAGUUGUGUUACUUGUUCAAGUCGUCAACUUUGUUGAUGGUUUUCCAUGGAAUCAUCAUCAUAGUCAUCGUCCCCAUCGUGGAUAUCAUGGACCAUGGAUCAAUGCUCAUGCCACUUUCUAUGGAGGUGGUGAUGCGUCUGGAACAAUGGGUGGAGCAUGUGGUUAUGGAAACCUGUAUAGCCAAGGAUAUGGUGUCAAUACAGCAGCAUUGAGCACUGCAUUGUUUGACAAUGGGAUGAGCUGUGGUGCAUGUUACGAGCUGAGGUGCGUGAAUGACCCGCAAUGGUGCUUGCCUGGUUCCAUUGUGGUCACCGCCACUAACUUCUGCCCACCCGGUGGCUGGUGUGACCCUCCUAACCACCACUUUGACCUCUCUCAGCCUAUUUUCCAGCACAUUGCUCAGUACAAAGCUGGAAUUGUCCCUAUUAUUUACAGAAGGGUAAGAUGCAGGAGAAGUGGGGGAAUAAGAUUCACCAUUAAUGGCCAUUCUUACUUCAAUUUGGUGCUUAUAACCAAUGUUGGAGGUGCCGGUGAUGUCCAUUCAGUCGCCGUUAAAGGUUCAAGGACCAGAUGGCAACAGAUGUCCAGAAACUGGGGACAAAACUGGCAAAGCAAUGCUUACCUCAAUGGCCAAAGCCUAUCCUUUCUCGUUACAACCAGUGAUGGCCGCAGUGUCCUCUCUUACAACGUUGCUCCCCCUGGUUGGUCCUUCGGUCAAACCUACACCGGCCGCCAGUUCCGCUUCUAAGAUCCGAAGCAAAUGUUAUGACUUUUCUUUUAGGGCGAGUUAAAGUAGAAUUUGAACCCAAAGCUUUAUUAUUAUUUUAAAGGCGAGUUUUUGCAGUUCAAUUGGCUUUGAAUUGAAGCCUGUAAGUUAAUAACUGCUUAAUCAAAUUAUGAAGGUUUUUUUUUUUUUUUUUAAUGCCAAAGGCACUUUUGCUCUGCUUGUGACAAGCCAUUGAAAUGCUCCCUUUUCAGCUGAUGGCUAAUGUCUUUGUUUUUUUAUGUACUUUUGAACACAAUUAUUGUUGAAUUUUAGAAAGAUUCAGCGAUUUGUAGUGAUGAUAGAAA